AAAAAACAAAAAAAACUAUAUACUGUAUAUGUAAUAUAGGUAAGCAAGAGCAAGCUGUAGGAGUAUUAUUUAUUGGUGUGGUUGAAACAGUAGAUGACAAACCACGUAUUUAUUAUUAGUAGGGGGAGUUAAUUGUUAGUGUCGCACCGCACAGCACAGCUGAUUGUAAUUGUAAUUGCGUAGUUAAGUUUAGCAAAAGCUCAAAAAUCAUCCACAACAACAAUAAAGAGAGAUUGAUAACAUCAAUGAUCCAAUGUGGUCGGUCGAUCAAAUCUCCACCACAGAUGACCCAAAUCCCAUCAUCAUCAACAUCAAGGCUGCAGGCGGAGGAGAUGAUGAUGAUGAUGCUGUUGUGAAUAAUAAUAAUAAUAAUGAUGAUGAUAAUACCAAGAGUACUACUACUAGUACAACAUCUGAGGAGGAGGAGGAGGCUCAUGAGAGUCCUAGUCCAGCCAGCACUACUACCACCGAUCAUCAUCUUGAACAACAACAACAACAACAAGGAGGAGAAGGAGAAGAAGAUGAUUACUACAUGGUGGAAUUAGGAGGAGAUGACGAUCAGCUUGCAUCAGUGACGAUGAUGAGCAACAACAACAAAAUCAAGACAGGUUCUUCUAAUCGGAAAAUCAUUGAAGAAGAAGAAGAAGAAGAUGGUGAUGAUGAGGACGACCAUCAAGAAGAGGCAAGAGUGUUGCUGGUGGGAACAGCUCGUAAUUAUUACUGUGGUCAACUGAGCAGUAGUACACGUCAUGGUAGUACUAAUGAUGAUGACGAUGAUGAUCUUCAAGCCGCUAAGAAAAGAGUAGUAGCACCCUCACCCUCGUCCUCAUCACCACCACCAGCAAGAGGAGCAGAAAUAGUUGGGGAGAAUCAUGAGAUAAUUGAAGAAGGAGGAGGUGGGAUGAUCAGCGGGAAUAGUAGUCUGUUUUCCUGGGAUCAGCACCAAUUUUCAUCAUCAUUUCAUCAUCAUCACCACCACAAGGAGGAGGCAGUGUAUGUGGUGGUAUCAUCAACAACACCGGCCGCAGCCACCAUUGGUGCAUUGGAGUGGACCCUCCUCCAGAAUCCCUCCUCCUCCACAACUGUGUUUCUGGUUCAUGUGUUUCCCCAAAUUAAGCACAUCCCCACCCCCUUAGGAAUGAUGGCCAUAAGUCAAGUGAAUCCGGAGCAAAAGGACAAGUACCUGUCUCAACAACGAGACAAGCGCCGGGAAUUCCUUCACCCCUUCAUCAAUGCCUGCUCCGCACCCGCACCCAAGGUGAAGGUGGAAACUAUAUUAAUUGAGAGUGAUAUGGAGGCACAGGCCAUUCUUGACCUCAUUCCGGUCCUCAACAUCACCCUCCUCCUGUUGCCCACCACCAAACCUAUUCUAAGGAAGAUGAGGUCCAAGAAAAGCAGUGGAUCUUCAAUACUUGAUCAGAUCCUAAGAGAUGCCCCAGAGUUGUGUGAGGUGAAGAUAAUAUGUGAAGGCGAACAUGUCUUGGAUCCCUUGGCCCACUCUCCAUCACCCCGGACUUACAACCACACCCCACAUCCCUCCUCAUCCCAACCUCCUCCUUUCAAGUGUGGAGGUUGCUUCAAGUUUUAAAAUGUGACGUCAACCUCAGUCGGCAUCUCUCGCGGGGAUAGCUCAGUUGGGAGAGCGUCAGACUGAAGAUCUGAAGGUCGCGUGUUCGAUCCACGCUCACCGCAUUUUCCCUUUUUUUUGUCCCUCCAUUUCUUGCUGCUUCGCUCCAAGCUUUUCAUAUUCAUCAUUGCAUUUUACUUCUGCUAUAUACCCUAACAAAACAAUUCAAACGAAGAAGAAAUUAUUGGAUCAAAAUCAUAAGCGGAAAGUGAAAAUCAAUCUCUCCAAAUUUUUUCACAAAUGAAGAAGAAAUUAUUGGAUCAAAAUCAUAAGGAGAAAGUGAAAAUUAAUCUCUCCCAAUUUUUUUGUGUGUGUUGAGGAGGAGAUACUAUAUUGUAUACGAUAUUAAAUAUUGUGACCAAUCGUCUUCUUCUUCUCUUAAAGGUCUCAACAUCUCACAGCACCAACACUUUCAUGCUAAUUUUAUUUAUUUAUUUAUUUAUUUUUAUGAACAAAACAAUUUUUGAAUGAAUAAUGUUGCAGCUGUGUAGUAGUAUAUGAGUUACAUUUAGUAACAACAUCCCAUUUAUCAUAAGACUGGCAUUGCUGUUCUUGAUGAUGGAGCAAACACAGACAUAUUAGCACUUGCCCUCUUUCUCCCGUCCCCAAAUCUUUUUUCUGCACACCACACCAGACUGGGAAAAAACUCUAUCGGCGGCGACGAUACAAAACAAAGGUCAAGACUUUAGCAUCAAAGCAGGCCACAAGAAAUUGCGAUCAAUUCCUCCUUUCCUUUGCAUCGGUGGAAGCCAGUGGCUUUUUCAAAAGAAAAGAGAGGCAAGGCAAGUGCUCUUGGAAAUGGGGCUUGGCAAAGUCAUUCAAAGAAGAAUCUAAUCCUAAAAUGGCACUUCAUGCUAUUGUGAUCGGAGGCCUUGUUAGCCCUUGCUCUGGCGUCCCCAUUAACCAUAUAGUCAAUCAGCCUACACCAUUUGUUUCAAUUCUUCUGAAGUUGGAAACUGUAGUUGAGUUGCUUGGCUAAUUAGAGCCUUUAUGGCGCUGCUACUUAGGAAAUUGUUAAUGCUCAAUGUCCUCCGACUAAAGAUAAUCUAAUUUGUAAUCAUAGUAAAUUGUACUCAAAAUAGUACUCCCUCCGUCCCAUAAUUAUUGUCCACUUUGCCUAAAAAAUUUUGUCCCAAAAUUAUUGUCCAAUUUGACUUUUUAUAGAUCAAGUUAC